CGCAUGCGCGGCGGUGCGAAGUGCGAAGCACAAAGGGGCACCGGAUUCAGUCGAGUUGGGCGCCAGAGCUCCACGCAGUCGGUCGGUUGGUUGGUUACAACAAGAUACAAGUAAGAAGAGGAAAAACAGCAAGAGAAAGGACGAUGGCACUUUUCCGUAUUAGCACAAAACGUGUUCUGGAGGUGCAGAAGAUAAGCUCCACGAAUCUCCUAAGACCUUUGUCCGAUGCAUCCACCGACCUGAAGAAAGUCCUCAAUGAGAAGGUACCUCAGGAACAGGAACGUGUGAAGGCUUUUCGCAAGAGUCAUGGCUCCACCAAAGUCGGAGACGUCACUGUCGACAUGAUGUACGGAGGCAUGCGCGGUAUCAAGGGUCUGGUAUGGGAGCCUUCGGUCCUGGACCCGGAAGAGGGUAUCCGUUUCCGUGGAAAGUCGAUACCCGAGUGCCAGAAACUCCUGCCGAAGGCACCUGGUGGCGCCGAACCUCUUCCCGAGGGUCUCUUCUGGCUCCUGAUCACCGGUGACGUGCCGACCGACGCUCAAGUUAAGGCUAUCUCUCAGGAGUGGGCCGCUAGGAGCUCAUUGCCAAGUCACGUCGUUAAGACCUUGAACGACCUUCCGAAGAACAUCCACCCCAUGACCCAAUUCUCGGCUGCCAUCACUCUACUCAACAGCGAGAGUGAAUUCGUCAAGGCCUACGGCAGCGGAGUUCACAAGAGCAAAUACUGGGAGAGCGUCUACGAAGACUCGAUGAACCUGAUCGCCAAGCUGCCCGGAGUAGCUGCUACCAUCUACAGAAAUACUUAUAAGGACGGCAAGGGUCUUGGCUCUGUCGACUCUGGCAAGGACUGGUCCUGGAACUUUGCAAAUAUGUUGGGUUACGACAAUCCUCAAUUUAUCGAACUUUUACGUCUCUACCUGACCAUCCACUCUGAUCACGAAGGUGGCAAUGUCUCUGCUCACACAACCCACUUGGUCGGGUCUGCCCUAUCUGACCCGUACUUGUCCUUCGCGGCCGGUAUGAACGGCUUGGCUGGACCUCUUCACGGUCUCGCUAACCAGGAAGUCUUGGUGUGGCUGCAAAAGCUGCGCGCCAAGGUCGGAGACAAUCCUAGCGACGAGAAGCUCAAGGACUUCAUUUGGAGUACGUUAAAGAGUGGACAGGUCGUACCAGGAUAUGGUCACGCCGUCCUUAGAAAGACUGAUCCCAGAUACACCUGCCAGAGGGAGUUUGCACUUAAGCACUUGCCCGAGGACAGCCUCUUCAAGCUGGUAUCUCAAGUCUACAAGGUCGUUCCUCCCAUUCUCCUUGAAACUGGCAAGGUGAAGAACCCCUGGCCCAACGUGGAUGCCCACUCUGGUGUCCUUCUGCAAUACUAUGGAAUGAAGGAGAUGAACUACUACACCGUCCUCUUCGGAGUGUCCCGUGCUCUUGGUGUUCUCGCAUCCUUGGUAUGGGACCGCGCUCUUGGUCUGCCAAUCGAAAGGCCCAAGUCACUGAGCACCGAUCUCCUCAUAAAGGCCGUCAAGGCCUAAGCGCGUCAUCCUUAUUUAUAUAAAUUAAUCGUCGCGAAAAAUCGUUGACAUCGUUAGUCACAUUUGAGCUCGGCGACGGCAAACUCAGGAUGCUCACUUUUAUAUCGUUAUCAAAUGAUAGAGAAACAACAAUACGAAUUUUAAAGGGCUGCGAGGAAUUUCCGAAGAAGUGCCAAGCGUGUUUCGAAUCGAACAUCAGCCUAAUGUUAUCGUAUAAUCAUCUGUUAUCCAAAAAAAAAGGUAGGGAAACUAGCGAACUCGUUUCACAAAGAAAAAAGCGUUCAAAGUCGUUCCCGUUGUCUUUCCUAACGUUAAGCAAAAGGAACAAACUGAACGUUCAGUCGAACUCGUAACCCAAGUCAUCAUCUUAAUCAGGUGUCCAUGAGGUCAUCACUGCCUUGUCUGGUGCCUGUUUUACUUUCUUAACGUACAAUCGUAUUUAAAAUAUGCACCAGAUCGGACUUCGUGGGUUGGUGUCGCCAUUGAAAAUGUUGAUUGCCGCACGCAUGUCGUGUCUGUUGUAUAUCAUAGAGUACGCUACGAAAACGAUAGUCGACAAUACAGGUGGUGAUAGGGAAGAGUUAGAGGUGUGACAUUUAGUAUUCAUCAAGCAAACGUAACGUAUUAAAGUCACACGUUUGAUUGUUAUUGCUUUAGGAACGUAGAGAAUCGUGUCGUAUAAGCAACUUGUAUCCAGGGUCAUCGGAGAGCUUCCCCGGGAAGAAUUGUUCCAAGUAACUGGAAUGAUUAGCUCGAACGAAGCAAAAGGUUGCUCGUCGCCCCAAUCAUUAGAAAGAGUUUGAUUGUCGAACAGAACCUGGUGAUGAACGUAGCGUUGUUAGUUUUCCUUGACAUUGUAUGUACCGUGUAUCAUCCUCAGGAAAUCCAUUGACAUUGACUAGCGUUAUUUAAAUGCCAGUACUCGUACAGACUCAUGUUACUGUUACACACUGUAGGCACGCGCCAAUCUAAGUUAACAGGAUACUUAAAUAAUUCUAAGACAACCAUUGGCUAUUGGACGCGUGAUAAUAGGGUGAUAACGAGAGUUAAUCCACUGAUCUCUGAUACUCAGGCUAACACAUAUUUGGCUAAUUUUAUGAUAAUUGCGUAAAAAGAAAAUCAGUAUCGUAAGGACGUCGCGAUACUCGUUACUUCACCACCUUUUGAAAUUUAUAACAUUAUUCCCCCUAGGUCUAAUUGCCAAUGCGUCCUCAAUGCCUAUGUUUGCAUUGCCUGCUGUUUUUAGAUCCUGGAGAUUACUGAUCAGACGAUCCCCGAACGUUUAAUUGUUAAGUUGUAACAAUCCCUGUGCUAAGUGUCAGGAUGGUGACCAGUGGUAGAUCCAUUGUCGCGAGAAUGAGUGAGUGUGUGCGAUACUUUAUAUUUAACGAAAAGUAAAAAGAAAAUAAAUAGAAAUCCUAUAAAACCAUA